AUGCGCUCCCUCAUCCGACCAGCCUCCGCGCUGCUGGCCGCCGCAGGCCUCAUCGCCGCCAGCCCAUUGCCCACCGGCAGCGACACCAGUGCCUACGCAACUGAUUACCUGCUGCCGCGCGACACGUGCGAUGGCACGCCCUGCGGCGCCGAGGGCCAGUACUGCUGCGGCAAUAACGAGCUGUGCACGACGCUGAGCGGCGACGUGGCGACGUGCCUGGGCGGCUUCGGCGGCGCGGCGUACACGAGCACCUGGACCGAGACGCGCACCUUCACCACCACCUUCUUCACCAACUGGGCGCCCGUGCCCGCGCCCAGCCCCGGCGUCGACUGCGUGCCCCAGGACGACGCCCAGGAGGCCUGCGGCUCCAUCUGCUGCGCCGGCUGGCAGACGUGCGCCUUCAAGGGCCAGUGCUCCGUCAAGCCGGGCUACGCCGAGCCCACGCCCGUCGUCAUCACCAGCGCCGGCGAGGUCGAGACGCAGUACUCGGCCCCCUACCGCGUCACCGGCACCACCACCAUCACCACCCACAUCGUCCAGACCGGCACCGGCACCGAGGGCAUCUGGACCGGCACCUACACCGUCACCCAGACGGGCGCCAGCAGCGCCUCCUCCACCAGCGACUCCGAUGCUAUCGGCGCCGGCGGCAGCGAGAGCGACAGCCACGGCGGCGGCCUGAGCGGCGGCGCCAUCGCCGGCAUCGUCAUCGGCACCCUCGCCGGCAUCAUCGAGGAGCGCUACUCCAAGAGCGGCAGCCGCGGCGCCUCGGCCUCGGCGCACUCUCGCCGCGAUCGCCACGGCGGCUGGUUCGGCGGCAGCAGGGCCGGAGCGUCGACGGUCGUGGCCGCGGAUCGCCGCCGGGAGAGGGAGAAGCGCAAGAGCAGCGGCGGGUGCUGGACGUGGCUUGGGAUCGGAGCCGUUGCCGCCACCCUCUUCACGCUGCUUAACCUCAAGAAGGACAAGCGGCCCAACUCCCGCAAGGCGCCCUCGCGGUACAGCGAAUCUUACUACAGCUAUUCUGACUAUACUAGCAACACCGCCAGCUCCAGCUCCGGUCAGAGAUCGCGCAGCCGCCGCAGCAGAUCCAGCCGUGGUGGCCGAUCAGGCCGAUCCCCCCGAUCAGCGCAGUACUCUCGGGCUCCCAAGAGGCCGUAG